UCCUCCCUCCCCUGCCUCCGGGCUGUGUUUUAUAUAAGGGGCCUUUCCUGGGUGCAGUCCCAUCUUCCAGAAGCAGCUGCCCGGCUCCUUCUUGAAUCUUCGUCUUCAGCUCGCCUGCCUCCACCUCAGCCUCCACCAUGUCCAUAAGGGUGACCCAGAAGUCCUACAAGGUGUCCACCUCCGGCCCCCGGGCCUUCAGCAGCCUCUCCUACACCAGCGGGCCCGCUUCCCGCAUCAGCUCCUCCAGCUUCUCUCGAAUGGGCAGCAGCGGCAGCUUUCGGGGCGGCCUGGGGCUGGGCGGCUAUGGCGGGGCUGGUGGUGUGGGGGGCAUCACAGCCGUCCAGGUGAACCAGAGCCUGCUGAACCCCCUGAACCUGGAGGUGGACCCCAACAUCCAGGCCGUGCGCAUUCAGGAGAAGGAGCAGAUCAAGAACCUCAACAACAAGUUCGCCUCCUUCAUCGACAAGCCGGCGGCAGCUGGACACACUGGGUCAGGAGAAGCUGAAGCUGGAGGCGGAGCUCGGCAACAUGCAGGGGCUGGUGGAGGACUUCAAGAAUAAGUAUGAAGAUGAGAUCAAUAAACGUACAGAGAUGGAGAAUGAAUUUGUCCUCAUCAAGAAGGAUGUGGAUGAAGCUUACAUGAACAAGGUGGAGCUCGAGUCUCGCCUGGAAGGGCUGACUGACGAGAUCAACUUCCUCAGGCAGCUCUAUGAACAGGAGUGGUGAGCUCACCGUAUGGGGGCCUCACAAGCCCUGGCUUUGGGACCCUCCAAAGCCCUGGCUUCACCCGCACCAAGUCUGCCGUGGUCGUGAAGAAGAUCGAGACCCGUGAUGGGAAGCUGGUGUCUGAGACCUCUGAUGUCCUACCCAAGUGAAUGGGCCACAGCAGCCUCUCCCAGCCCAUACCCCGCCUGUAGCUGCCCCAGAGCCUGUGGGGGAGACAGCUGCACAUGGGAGCAUUGGGAACAAGAGACCCACCUGAGGCUCAGCCCUAGUCCUCAGCCCACCCUUGCGGGGAAUCUACUGCCUGGGGUACCCCUUCUUGCCCAUGCCCUUCACCAAAAACCAAUUGAAUUGUUUUUUCCAAAAUAAAGCCUGGUUUUGCCACCUGAA